AUGGAGAACGGUCAGAUUGACGAUGAACAAAUCACCGCCUCUUCCUCGUUUGAUCUAUUGAGUACAGGGCCUCAGAACUCAAGAAUCCGGACCUCAAUCGGUGGUGGAGCGUGGUGUCCUCAGCAUCAGAUCAACGCCACGUCAGCAGAAUGGCUUCAGAUCGUCUUUCCUCAAGACAUGUUGCUAACAGCCGUCGAAACGCAAGGCCGAGACGAUAAUGGAUUGGGAGCCGAGUUCGCUCAAUCCUAUCGAAUCGAAUAUUGGCGGCCGAGCCUAGAUGCUUGGGCCCGGUACAAAGAUGGUUUAGGGAAAGAGAUAAUUGAUGGGAACACUGAUCCCCGUUCGUCUAUUCAUCGAGAGCUAGAUGGGGCGAUUGUUGCACGGAGAAUUCGCUUCGUUCCCGUCUCGCAAAGAACCCGCACCGUUUGCAUGAGAGUCGAAGUGUAUGGUUGUCAAUAUCGAGGUGACUUGGUCUCUUACUCGAUUCCCGAAGGAACAAUUGCUGACGGACUUUCACUCAAAGAUUUUCACUAUGAUGGGAAAAUCAGUCCAUCAAAUCAUCUUCUCGGUGGAAUUGGGAAACUAUAUGAUGGGAAAGUUGGGGAAAACGAUUUUGAAAAGAAGCCGAAUGGAUGGAUUGCGUGGAAGAAUGAAGGAAAACCGAUCGAAAUGAACUUCACUUUCGUGGAGCAGAUGAACUUUUCGGCGAUCCUCUUCCACACAAGCAAUCACUUCAAAAUGGGUGCCGAGACUUUCUCCGAAGCAAGCAUUCGUUUUUCUCAAAAUGGAAACCAUUUCUCAUCAAGAAAAGUCCAUUUCACCUAUCAUGCCGAUCGUCAAUUCGACACCGCUCGAUGGAUUCGCAUACCAAUUCAAAGCCGGAUUGCGAAAUUUCUGCAAAUUCAACUUCAACCAUCCCCUAGCUCCCAGUGGUUGUUGCUAUCGGAAGUUGAAUUCGAUUUGGAACCGGUGACGUUCGAAUGGGAGGACACAAGCGCUCCAUAUGAACAUGUUGAGCACAAUGGAAAUACGGUGACACUUUAUGCGGUGGAUGGACACGAUCAGAGUACGCUGUUUGGGUUUUUGGCUUCUCUAUCAGCUCUCCUCGGCUCAUUUUGUCUCGUUGCUGGGUGUCUGUUGAGAGUUUCGUUUCGACGACGCAGACCACCAGUGAAACCAAUUCCUUCACCGGCUUUCUCUCAAAAGCAUCCACAAAUACAUUUGAUGAUGGACGGAUCGACGAUCAAGCGCGUCUCUCCCUCUACUUAUCAAAUGACAAAGGAUAACAUGCACAACGCUUUCCUGGAAAAGAUUCCAAUUGAUGGAGAAUAUGCGGAUCCAGAUUUUUCAGUCUCCACCGAGUGUGGUUCUCGAAUGCCUCUCUUGGCCGCAUAUCAAGACGCAAAUUAUUCAAAAUCGUUGAUGUUGACGAGUCGUUCUCGUGCUCUUUCAUCCCCACUUUCUUGUGUCACUCAAUACGCGGAUUAUGGAGAAAUCUACUAUCACCAAUCUCCACAAAUCGAUCCAGCACAACUGCAAUUCGUUCGGAAUUUAGAAGGGUGUCAAAUGAGAAAUGUAAAGCUCUGUCAACUCGAGCGUCGCUUGGUUGUCGUGAAAUCGUUGGAAGAAACUGAAGAAACGCGGAGAGAACUUCAAUUUUUGGGAUCUCUUAAGCAUCCGAAUGUUUUAGAGAUGAUCGGAACCUCAACGGGGCAACCAUUUUUCUGUGUUCUCGAAUAUGCCGAGAACGGCUCAUUGCAAUCGUAUUUUCAGAAAAUGGAGAGAUUGGAUACAAAAACGGCUCUGAGUGCUGUGGUGGGAGUGGUGGCUGGUUUGUCAUUCCUCGAGUCUCGUCAAAUCAUUCUCUCUCAUCUCGCCACACACACAUGUUUCGUCGAUCGUGAUGGAAACGUGAAAGUGGCAAGAAUUGGUUGCUCUCCAUCGUCACUCUUUGACGAGCCGUGUUGCAGCCGGGAUGAGAUGCUAAGAUUUAUGGCACCGGAAGCACAAAAUCAGGACCUUCAAACGGCGGCGAGCAACGUUUGGUCGUUUGGUGGGCUGUGUUGGGAGGUGUUGGGUGGUUGCCGUGAGCGUGUCCCUCUUCCAUCGCCCAUUCCCCUUCCACCAGCUCUUCUUUCUCCGCCCGGUCUUCACGAGACUCUCCUCUCAUUGUGCUUGUCUCGAAAUCCACAAAAUCGACCCACUUUCAGCUUUAUUCAUUUACAAUUGCAAACUUUGUUGUCAGCUCAUAUC